UUAGGACUGAGUUAUUGUGUGAGACUACCACAUUUAAUAAAGUAAGUCCCUUUUUACGUCAGUAACAGUUUAUAUUCAAUAAUGUGAUAUUAAUAGUUUAUUAAUUAUUUAGGUAGGUCUACGACUACCUAACUACUUCUAACUCCUAUGAGUUAGAAGUUCUAGUAUGGUUAAUAUUUAGGAAACUUGCAUUUUGUGGUUGGUUACACUUAAACUUGUUGGUUUUAGAAACAUCUAGGAAUAUCUGUGUAAUUAUCAAAAUAAGCAAGAUAUAAGUUUAUUUAGUAACAGAUUCAUCGUUACAUUGUAUCCGAAAAUCUUAUUGUCUAUGAAUGAGCAACUUUAGUUAGAAUGGCUAACUAACAAUCGACUAAAAUAAAACACAGCUGACUGAUAGCGGCUGUCAUAUUGUUAUUGUAAAUUGUGUGUUUGAUAAGCUCAGAUGACAGUAAUAUUCAGUUAGCACAGUUGUUAAAUACCAAGAUAUAAGAUAAUUAUUGUUAAUCUAACGGCGCAGUUACAGCUUUAAUUAAGACCAAUGUCAAAUUCAUGAAAUGAAUUUGCAUGUGUUAUGUUUUUGAUAUUGAUCCACUAUUAGGUAGGUAGGUACCUGUUAAACAAUAAAUUAUCUGCGGUUGAUUUAAUACAGUAACACAGUGAAUUAUUUGUGGGUAUACCGUAAAUAUAAGUAGGUACUUAGGUAGAUGCGUUGAUCCCCACUAUGUCAUUACACGUGUGGAGAUUGUGGUGGGAGCAAGCGGCAAAAUACGCAAAAUAAUUAUGAUCUGAGCCAAAUUUAGUAAACGAAAUAUUUACUGAAGUAUUUAUUGAAAUGGAUUUGCAUUUUAACGUUGUAGCAGAAAAGUUGCACGAGAAAUUAAGUAAUUUAUUAAUAUUAUCCGAUCCACAGCGCUUGAUUCGAUCCGACGCAACAAUGUUCGAUCCACACAAUGGAGCUACUCCAUAUAGAAUAGAUAUUUUACCAAAUGAGUUACUGAUAAAGAUUUUCCAAUACCUGCCGAUAGAGUCCAUACUGGAGUGUGAAAAGGUAUGCAGUCGAUGGAAUAAAAUUAGUAGAGAUCUCUCAGUUUGGCGGGGUCUUGAUUUUGUUUACUCCGGGAAACCGGGUCAGACAGAAAUAGGAGAAAGAAACUUAAGAAUCUUAGACACUCACCGCGAAUGCAUACGAUGUCUCAAAAUUCAGUAUGUGUACAGUUACUCUGAGAUCAAAUCAAUCAUUGAUCAGUGUCCUAACAUCAUAUCUCUGGAACUAGUCAUGUGCCGUAUAGGCAAACAAUUUGAAAAGGAUAUCACGAAGUGGCCCGACCUGAGGAAGAUCAACCUUAAGAAUUCACUCGUAUUAAUGAACAACGUUGAAGUAUUAGUUCCUUAUGAUAAUUUUAAACAUUUGAACUAUUUGUCUUUGUCUGACUUUGGUUUGCCAGUGGAAACGCGUGAUAGUUUGCUCCGCUGUAACUAUUUAACCCACAUUUUUAUAGAAAAGGUUAGAGAUCUGACUUUAGAUUAUGUUAAAAGGUUGAUAAUAAAUAAAACGAAGAUUCUUGUCGCCCUACACAUAUAUGGGGGUGGCGCUGUCGACGACGAAUGUUUACAAAUGUUGUCGUAUUGUAAUUCGUUAAAAGAUCUUGCUAUAAUACAUUGUGAAAAUCUCACUGACGCGGGACUAAUCAAAUUGACUAAUUUAAAAAAAAUACAACAUUUACAAAUCUGGAACAACAUUGUGUUUAGUGAAGAGAAUCUGAAAAGAACGUUAGGAAGUCCGAAUUUAACUAAAUUAGAAAGCUUAAGUCUAUCAAAGAUAGGAAAUGUUUCACCUGUGAUAGUCGAUGUGAUCUCUGAACAUUACAAGAAUCUUAAGUUCCUCGCUUUGUAUCAAUGUCCUCAAAUCAUAAACACUGAUUACGAAAAGCAGUUGAAAGCGAAAUUUCGAAAUAUUGAUGUUGUUUUGUAUUGAUAUGGAAUUGUAGGGAUUUUAUU